UUGUCCUUGCUCCCCCAGAGCAGGAGCUGAGCAUGGAGAGCAGCGAGGAGCUGGUGGCUGAGGCCGAGCUGGGGGUCCAGGAGCAGCUCCAGGGUGGGGAGAAGAAGCCCCACAAGUGCUCCGAGUGCGGGAAGAUCUUCAAGAGGAGAUUGAACUUUAUCAAGCAUUGCAAAAUCCACACCGGAGAACAACUGGGAUCUGAGGGGGAAAAACCCACCCUGGAGCAGAGAUCCGAGCUGGGGCUCCAUGAGCAGCUCCAGGGUGGGGAGGAGAAGCCCCACAAGUGCUCCGAGUGUGGGAAGAGCUUCAGGUGGAGCUCGUCCCUGAGCAAGCAUCGCAGAAUCCACAAGGGGCAACAGGUGGGAUCUGAGGGGGACAAACCCACCCUGGGCCAGGGCCAGGGAUCCGAGCUGGGGGUCCAUGAGCAGCUCCAGGAGAAGCCCCACACGUGCUCGGAGUGUGGGAAGAGCUUCAGGUUGAGAUCCUGCCUGAUUAUCCACCAGAGGGUCCACACGGGGGGACAGCUGAGAUCUGAGGGAGAAAAACCCAACUUGGACCAGGGAGGGGGUCAGAGAUCAGAGGUGGAGGUCCAUGAGCAGCUCCAGGAUGAGGAGAAGCCUCCCAAGUUCUUGGAAUGGGAGAAGAGCUUCAUGCUGAAUUCCCACCUGAUUGAACAGCUGAAGAAGCAGACGGAGCAACAGCUGAGAUGUGAGGAGGAAAAACCCAACUUGGACCAUGGUGGUGGUCAGAGAUCAGAGCUGGGGGUCCAUGAGCAGCUCCAGGAUGAAGAGGAGAAGCCCCACAGGUGCUCGGAAUGUGGGAAGAUCUUCAUGCUGAGUUCCCACCUGAUGGAACACUUGAAGACCCACACGGGAGAACAUCUGAGAUCCGAGGAGGGAAAACCCAACUUGGACCAGGGAGGUGAGCAGAACUUGGGGCUCCACGAGCAGCUCCAGGGUGGGGAGGAGAAGCCCCACAGGUGCUCGGAGUGUGGGAAGAUCUUCAGGUGGAGAGCCAACCUGGUCCGCCACCUCAGAAUCCACACGGGAGAACGCCCCUACCAGUGUGGGGUGUGUGGGAAGAGCUUCAGCCAGAAUUCCAACCUGACUGUCCACCUCAAAAUCCACACGGGGCAGCAGGUGGGAUCCGAGGGGGACAAACCCACCCUGGACCAGGGCCAGGGAUCAGAGCUGGGGCUCCACGAGGAGCUCCAGGGUGGGGAGAAGAAGUCCCACAAGUGCUCUGAGUGUGGCAAGAUCUUCAGGUGGAGGUCCAACCUGAUCCGCCACCGCAGAAUGCACACUGGGGAGAGACCCUACGUGUGUGGGCACUGCGGGAAGGGCUUCACCCAGAAAGCCCACGUGAUGGAGCACCAGAAGAUCCACGUGGGGCCACAGCUGGGCGGAAAUCCAACCCUGGGUGAUGAAGGGGGUCAGGGAUCAGAGCUGGGGGUCCAUGAGCAGCUCCAGGGUGGGGAGGAGAAGCCCCACAAGUGCUCGGUGUGUGGGAAGAGCUUCAGGUGGAGAUCCAAAAUGAUGAGGCAUUUCAGAACCCACACGGGGGGACAGCUGAGAUGUGAGGGACAAAACCCCACCCAGGGUGAGGGAUCAGAGCUGGGGGUCCAAGAGCAUCUCCAGGGUGGGGAGGAGAAGCCCCACAAGUGCUCCGAGUGUGGGAAGAGCUUCUGGAAGAGCUCCAACCUGACCCGCCACCUCAGAAUCCACACGGGUGAACGACCCUACGUGUGUGGGGUGUGUGGGAAGAGCUUCACCCAGAAAACCCACCUGAGCGACCACCAGAAGGUCCACGCUGGGCAGCAGCUGGGCGGAAAUCCAACCCUGGCUCAUGAAGGUCAGAUAGUGAUGGUGGUGGUCCACGAGCAGCUCCAGGGUGGGGAGAAGAAGCCCCACAAGUGCUCGGAGUGCGGGAAGAGCUUCAGGAAGAGAGCCAACCUGAUGGAGCACAGCAGGGUCCACACCGGGGAGAAGCCCUACAAGUGUGGGGAGUGUGGGGAGAGCUUCAGCUGGAACUCGCAGCUGAUCCGCCACCAGAGGGUGACCCACACCGGGGAGAAACCCUACGAGUGCCAGUUCUGCGCCAAGAGCUUCACCUGCAAGUCCCACCUGACCAGCCACCUGAGGACCCACACCGGGGAGAAGCCCUACGGGUGCGACCAGUGCCACAAGAGGUUCCAGAGCAGCUCCUCGCUCGUCGUCCACCAGCGCUCGCACACGGGCGAGCGGCCGUUCCAGUGCCCCGAGUGCGGCAUGGGCUUCAAGGAGAAGUCAUCCCUCGUCCGGCACCGCCGGACCCACACCGGGGAGAGGCCCUACGGGUGCGAGCAGUGCCAGAGCUCCUUCCCGACCCGCUCGCUGCUGGCGGAGCACCAGCGCAUCCACACCGGGGAGAAGCCGUUCCGCUGCGACGACUGCGGGAAGGGCUUCCGGCAAAAGUCCAGCCUGGUCAAGCACCGCAGGAUCCACACCGGCGAGAGGCCGUACGUGUGCGGGCAGUGCGGGAAGAGCUUCACGCAGAGCUCCAACCUGUUUGCGCACCAGAGGAGCCACGCGGAGCGGCCCUACGAGUGCGAGUACUGCUGGAGGAGCUUCUCGCAGAGCUCCAGCCUGAUCCUCCACCAGAAGUGCCACACCCAGGUGAGGCCCUACGAGUGCAGGAAGUGCGGCAAGAGCUUCACCACCAAGUCCUGCCUCCUCACCCACCGCAUGAUCCACACCGGGGAGCGGCCCUACGAGUGUGGGGAGUGCGGGAAGGGCUUCAUGUCCAAGUCCCACCUGGUUUACCACCAGAGGAGCCACAGCGGGGAGAAACCCUACGAGUGCGAGCAGUGCAAGAAGAGCUUCACCAGGAGAUCCAACCUGACUGUCCACCUGAGGAGCCACACGGGGGAGAGGCCCUAUGAGUGUGAUGAAUGCCAUCAGAGGUUUUACACCAAUUCCGAUCUCGUCAGUCACCGGCGCAUUCACACCAACGAGCGGCCAUUUUGCUGUCCUGAUUGUGGAAAGGGAUUCAGGCAAAGGUCCUACCUCGUCAUCCACCAGCGAAUCCACACUGGGGAGAGGCCAUUCCGCUGCUCUGAUUGUGGGAAGGGCUUCAGGGACAGCUCUGCCCUCAUCUUGCACCAGCACAUCCACACUGGAGAGAAGCCCUACGAGUGUGAUCACUGCAAGAAGAGGUUCCUGAGCAUCUCCACCUUGGUUAAACACCAGAUGAUCCACACGGGGCAGAAGCCCUACGAGUGUGAUGUGUGCAAGAAGAGGUUUCAGAGCAGCACCACUCUUCGGGCACACCAGAUCAUCCACACCGAGGAGCGGCCGUUCCGCUGUCCUGACUGCGGGAAGGGAUUCAAGCACAACUGCCACCUCAUCACCCACCGGCGCCUCCACACCGGGGAGAGACCCUACAAGUGUGGGGAGUGUGGGAAGGGCUUCACCUCAAGCUCCCACCUGACUGUCCAUCAGAGGGUCCACACCGGGGAGAGGCCCUACGAGUGUGAUCAGUGCAAGAAGAGGUUCCCGAGCAGCGGGGAUCUCCUCAAGCACCAGCGCAUCCACACCAAGGAGAGGCCGUUCCGCUGUCCUGAUUGUGGGAAGGGUUUCAAGUACAACUCCGCCCUCAUCGUCCACCAGAACAUCCACACUGGGGAGAGACCCCGUGAGUGUCCGCAGUGUGGGAAGAGCUUCACCAACAACUCCAGCCUGGUUUACCACCUGAGGAGCCACACCGGGGAGAGGCCCCACGAGUGUGGAGAGUGUGGGAAGAGCUUCAUGUACAAGUCCCACCUGAUUUACCACCAGAGGAGCCACACUGGGGAACGACCGUACGAGUGUGACCAGUGCCAGAAGACGUUUCAGAGCAGCUCCCAUCUCCACAUGCACCAGCGCUCACACACGGAUGAGAGGCCAUUCCGCUGCCCUGAUUGUGGGAAGAGCUUCAGGCACAACGCCGAACUCGUUGCCCACCAACGCACCCACACCGGGGAGAGGCCCUACGAGUGUGAUCAGUGUGAGAAGAGGUUCCUGAGGAGCGCUUGUCUCCUCCGUCACCAGCUCAUCCACACCGAGGAGAAGCCGUUCCGCUGCCGUGACUGCGGGAAGGGCUUCACUCAGAAGAGCCAACUCAUCAUGCACCAGCGCAUCCACACCGGGGAGAGACCCCACGAGUGUCCCCAGUGUGGGAAGAGCUUCUGUCAAAUCUCCAGCUUGACCAGACACCAAAAGAGCAAGCACUGAGGGCAGCCCUGUUUGGAAAGAGCUCCCUGGGCUACUCCAGCUCCAUCUCGCACGGGAGGAUCUGCUCUGGAUGAUCCUCUUGAGCCCAGGUGGGCAGAGCCCCCUUGACUCCUGCUUGCAGCACACCUGGCUGGGGACUCCACAUCCUAUUGGCUCCUCAUAGCCUGGAUUUUCCUUUUAUUUGUCUAUGUUAUUUUUAUACACCUUUCUAAAUCCGAGGUUAAUAACAAAGAUGUUGAACGAA